AUGCCCCUGCACUGACCGCCCCGGGCCGGCGCCUGCCCGCAUAGACGCGCCCGGCCCGAUCCAGCGCCACCAUGUAAACGGCGCCCGCAGGUGGACGCUGGCUUCUCCGCCCGGGACCCCUCCGGCCUGCCCCGGGCCCCAGGGCCCUCGAUGAGGACACACCAUGCUGACCGGGGUGACUGACGGGAUCUUCUGCUGCCUGCUGGGUGCACCACCCAACGCUGUGGGGCCACUGGAGAGCAUCGAGUCCAGUGAUGGCUACACCUUUGUGGAGGUCAAGCCUGGCCGCGUGCUGCGGGUGAAGCAUGCUGGACCUGCUCCGGCCCCCGACCCACCCCCACCUCUGCCACAUACUGCCCAGGAGGACCAGUCCGGCUUGGUCCGCUGCCAGCGCAGAAUCACAGUGUACCGCAAUGGGCGGUUACUGGUGGAGAACCUGGGCCCGGCACCACGAGCUGACCUCCUGCAUGGGCAGAAUGGCUCUGGGGAGCCACCGGCCACCUUAGAGGUGGAGUUGGCAGACCCGGCGGGCAGUGAUGGCCGCUCAGGCCCGGGCAGUGCUGGGAGUGGCAGUGGCGGGCGACGGCGGCGAGCCCGGCGCCCCAAGCGGACCAUCCACAUUGACUGUGAGAAGCGCAUCACCAGCUGCAAAGGCACGCAGGCUGAUGUGGUGCUCUUCUUCAUCCACGGUGUCGGCGGCUCCUUGGCCAUCUGGAAGGAGCAGCUGGACUUCUUUGUGCGCCUAGGCUAUGAGGUGGUGGCACCCGACUUGGCCGGCCAUGGGGCCAGCUCGGCACCCCAGGUGGCCGCAGCCUACACCUUCUAUGCACUGGCAGAGGACAUGCGUGCCAUCUUCAAGCGUUAUGCCAAGAAGCGAAACGUGCUCAUUGGGCAUUCAUACGGGGUCUCCUUCUGCACGUUCCUGGCGCACGAGUACCCGGACCUGGUGCACAAGGUGAUCAUGAUCAACGGCGGGGGCCCCACAGCGCUGGAGCCCAGUUUCUGCUCCAUCUUCAACAUGCCUACGUGUGUCCUGCACUGCCUGUCGCCCUGCCUGGCUUGGAGCUUUCUCAAGGCUGGCUUCGCUCGCCAAGGGGCCAAGGAGAAACAGCUGCUAAAGGAGGGCAACGCUUUCAACGUGUCAUCCUUCGUGCUGCGGGCCAUGAUGAGCGGCCAGUACUGGCCCGAGGGUGAUGAGGUCUACCACGCCGAGCUCACUGUGCCUGUCCUGCUCGUCCAUGGCAUGCAUGACAAGUUUGUGCCAGUGGAGGAAGACCAGCGCAUGGCAGAGAUCCUGCUCCUGGCCUUCCUGAAGCUCAUCGACGAAGGCAGCCACAUGGUGAUGCUGGAGUGCCCGGAGACAGUCAACACGCUGCUCCAUGAGUUCCUGCUCUGGGAGCCCGAGCCCUCGCCCGCGCCCCUGCCCGCGCCCCCGGAGGAGAAGUAGCCGCUGGGCGGGCUGGCAUCGCUUGGUGUGCGGAGGAGCGGGAGGCCGGAGCCGGCGCCGGCGCCAGGUCCUCAGCGUGGGCCACCUGGGCGGGCCGUCAGCUCCGGUGGGCGGGGCCGGGUCGGGAGACGCCCCGAGGCCGACUGGGCAGGGCGGGGCAUUUGUGGGAGCCCAGCGCACGGGCGGCUCUCAGCUUCCGUCCUGCGGUGGCCAUCGGUGUUUCGGGCCGCAGCUGGGAUCCCCGCGGAGGAUGACCUUGUACAGAAGUCCCCUACCCCCAACGCCAUGGCCGACGCAGGCCCCCCACCCCGCUCUCUGUCUUCCGUGUCAGCUGUGCUUGAUCCUGGGACUCACGAGGCCCGCAGGGACCUCGGGCCUCCGCCCCCUUGCCCGAGACCCCGACCCCCAUUCGUCGGUGCUGGGAGCUGUGGUUGCCCAAGAGGGUUGGGAGGGGAGUGGGGGGCUGGCGCCACUGAGCCUGCACAUCCCAACCUGUAACUCAAUAAAAAGAAGUGACAAUCCGAGUCUCCGGAACUGUGCUGCG